AUGUCUCUCGAACCAACCAUAAAAACAUAUCAUUCAACCCUUCCCUCCCCUAUACCCAACUCACCUUCAUUCGUGUUCCACCUCACUAGACUGGUUGACACAUUGAUGAUAUGGGUAGGGACCGGAACACCAUCCGACUCAAACACAAAGGGAGAUGGGGGUGUGAUCGUGUCGGAGAAGAACUUGGCAAAUGAUUGGGCUGUCGCUAUGCCGUCUAGAGGGAACAUACCCGUUACUUCUACAUCGGUGUAUAGAGCUACAGCGAAUGAUCAUGCUUUGGGCAUGUCCCAGCGGUUGGCUCGUAAAUUCCCAAAUAAUCAGAUACACCUCUCUCUAUCUUUACCGUCAACGAUGACAUCCCAGAGCGGACCCAAUCUAGAUCCAUACGCUAGUAAACUGUUACUUGUGAUGGAGAAGAAGCUAGGUAGCUGGCUGAGUGAAGUACUGGAGGCUGAGAAGACUAGUGGAAUAUGA